CAAACAUGUACAUGUAUGUGUGUACAAGAUGGCGAGCAGUGUGGGUAUUCAUUUACUACGACCUGUACAGUUGCAGGGUAUAUGAGACAAUGUAAUGACUUGAAUACAUAAAAAGGUGUAUUGUGAUCACAUCAUACGAAAUGGAAGCGGCUGACAAGAAGAGGUACUGGAAUGACCAGAUAAAGGCCAUGCUUGGGCCUUGUAUGAUCACCUUCGCGAUUCCUCUUACUAUCCCGGGCUUAACGAUAACGUUAGUAGCGUUUAGCGAGGAUACGACAUUCGAAACAUACGGCGUUAUACAUAUCGUUGGAAUCCUCUUCCUAGCAACAGCUGUGAUACUAUUAAUUCUUGGAUGCAUGUUACGAAUGCUUUGGAAACCUACCAUAGGACCAGAUAUUGAAAUGCAUUUAACACCACUUCAGUCUGUUACGAGUUUACGCAAUCAUAGAAAGGAAUCUCAGCAAAUGAAAAUAAACAAUAUUUAUUCUGGUGCAAGAGUUGGACCUGAGGAGCGGGUCACCAGGAAUACGUCUAGACAUCAGGAAAGUCAUCCGAAAAAAGGACAAACUGCAUUAUCUGGACAGGUAGCAGGUCAUUCUUCAAAACAAUUCGAAGGAACUUGUAAUGGAACACAUCAGAAGGAGAAUACGCAAAGUAGGUCUGGUGAUACCGACCAUAGACGAAACUCUAGAGAUACCAUUCGAAAAGAUAGAAGGUUAUCAAGAUCUUCCAUUGUGCAAGAUGAUUCGUCAAUAGAGGAAACAGAAAGUGAGUCUGAGUCGGUCAUAAUUAAGAAAAAACGUAACAGGAAGAGUUCAGCUGAUUCCCUAGGUAGAGGAGAGAGUCGACACACAAAUGAUAGUAAUGUUGACGAAAGAUUUCCCCUAGAUAGAUCAAGAUCACAUAAGCGUUCAAAACAACCCAGUGAUGAACCAUGUCUAGAUGAAAUUCAACAGUGGCGUCAGAAGAAGAAAUCCAAACAAAAGUCUAAGGUAGUAGACACUGGAAUAGUCAAUGCUGCCAGUGAUUGUGAGGAUACCACCAUGUCAAGGCCUCUCCCAAAACUCCAACUGAACGAGCGGCCAUUGUCUUCUUCGAAUCUCGAGAACGGCAGUUCAACAGGCGAGGAAACCAACUCUGGGCAAUCCACUCGGUCGCCCCAUCAAAGUUUACUUCAACAUGACGAUUCGUUGGAAAAGAAGAAACGACGAAAAAAGAAAAGGGCAUCUAAACCUGUAAGGAGACAUGGCUCCACUGACCAUUCUAAUGAUGCCAAGCCGACGCGUGUGUUACCGCCUGUGCUUAGAGGGCGCCAUCAAUCUCAGAGUGACGGAGAACAUCACUUAAAUGACGUACAGCGGUCAGGUUCUACCGAUUCCAUUAACAGCAUAGGAUCAGCUGAUUCUGUUCUUGCUCAGUACACCUCUAGGAGCCAGGAUGAGUAGAAAUAGUUAUUAAUCUGCUCAUUUUACAUAUUUGCAAUGCUAAUGUUUUAAAUUUUGCAUUACAUAUUUGUGCCGCAAUUUUCAUCUUCAAUAAAUGAUUGCAAAACCACGGAGCAUACGGAUACGGAAAUGGCUCUGUGUUUUAGCAUAAUUAUAGUGAAAGUUUAUUCAUCUAAAACAAUUUCUUGAGAUAGCGAUAUGAUUUUACUCAAGUUUUUCUGUAUGGUGUUCUUAGAUAACGUUAAUACAUCGAACAUCUUUGGCUGUCAUCCUCCUAGUAAAUGCAAUGUCUAUAGAUUUGUGUAUAGUAAGGGUUGUCUCCUCUUGACUGUUAUUCGAAUAAAAGGCAAUCACAAACUGUACUCCAUAUGUUUAAUAACAGGUAAAAUAUUUUUUACAAAAAAUGUAUAGGUGAAUCAUUUUGUUAUUUCAGAUAUUCUUACAUAAUUAUAAUACUCACUUAAUGAAUACUAAAAAGUGAAAAAAAGUGAACAAAAGCAAGGCGCUUUUGUGAACUCAUCCACGUUUAAAUAGGGGUAUUUUGUGGCGGAAUAUUUUCAAUUAUUUUCAAUACCAAACUCUGUUUAUGUUUAAACAAAUGCAAAAACACAAAUGAAGUUAACAUAGGAUACUUAUCAGAAAGUAGUGAAUUUCACCUAAUCUUACAAGUAAAGGUAUUUCGGUAGAUCUUUUUUUACACUUCCAAUGUAUCAUGAUUUAUACACAAAAAUGGCAUAUUUUUGUUUGUUUUGUACUGUUACUCAGAUAUUUUUUUAUGAAUAAAUCCGUCCACUUUAUAUAAAUGCAUAUAUAGCAAAUACAAUAUUUUUUCUUAGCAAACUGAUUUGAUUUAAGUUGUUUAACGUUAAUAGAGAACUAAAUAUCACCGUUUCACCUUAUUGCUUUUACGUGUCAAUUCUUUUUGUUUUCUAUGAUAUAUUGCAGCAGAUAUUGUUGUUUUUUUUUUAUAUAUAUUUCCGAUUGUUUUCGCUGGUAAUUAACCACAUUGUCUCGUUUUAAAUGCCUCAUUAGUAUUUAUAGAGUUGUCAAAAUGUACCGUUUAGAAGAAGAAGAACAGUUGUACUGGUUUCUGAUUGAUCAGUUUAUAAUUCUAAACAAAAAUAACGUAAUUUUAAAAACAAUUACCUUAUUUUUCAGUACAUUUGUUUGUGAUCUACUGUCUCCACAAAGUUAAUUUUAAGUGACUUUUUCCAAGUAUGUGGUAAAUGGAGGAAGUAUCUCUUGAAGGGUUAUUCAUUGGCGUAAAAAUUAUCUGAUGGUUGAAUUUUAAUAUAUAUAGGCAAAAGGAUUUUUUUCCUCUUAUAAAUGUCAUUUGUUAAUUAAAAAGAAAACGUUAAUACAUUUUGAAAAAGUAUGGAUUGCUGCAGAAUCAAUAAUGAUUAUGAUUUCAUUCGUGAUUUGUGAUUUGUGAUUUUUACGGCAAGCAAUCGUAUGUAUUGUGACGUCACAAUACCGACAACUAAUUGAGACAUGGAUUGGGAUUCGAAGAUAGAAUUUCUUGUCUUUCUAUUUUUCGAUCUCUGCUUUCCUUUUCAUGUUUGUGUGUCACAUAUGUGUCACUGUAGUUGUCGCCUUUGUUCUUCUGUCUCUCUAGCCAUCCUCCCCUACAUCCUUGGCGGGUAACCUUAAAUUCUAUAUUUUAUUUCCUGUUAAACGAUGAUGCAAUCAUCUCUUGACUGUGAUACAUGUAUAAUGGUUUUUAAAUGUUGUACAUUUCCAUUUUAUAAUCAAGGUAUUAUUGUGUUGAAUUAAAUCAGUAUUUUAAUGCAUGUAACGUGUUAGGAAGAACGCUUAGAAUAUUAAUUUCUCGCAGAUCAUUCAUGUUGAAGAAUACUUUUCGUCCAAGAAUCUGCCAUAAUCUACAGGUAAAUGAGUAUAAUAGAUUUUCUUUUGUACAGUGAAUCUGCCAUUAUUUAGCAUAUGCAAAUAUAUGAUUAACUUACUUCUACGUUUCAGCUAGCUUGUUUUACAUAUCUGAUGUUCUAUUAUUUAUGUUUGUUUCGAAAUACAUUUAUUUAUGUUAUGUUUUAUAUACUCUACUACUGAAUAUUAACAUGGCACAAUUACAUGAGUUGUCAUUGUUUCAUUAUUGAAUUGCUGUCGUUCUUGGAAAUUUGACUUGUUAUGUACAAUAUGGGACUUCACUUAUGAGAAUAUCUGCAAAUGUAAAUACAUGCAUUA